AUGCACAGAAGACUUCAUGGGCGCAGAGCAGAGGAAGAUGGCACAAUUUUCCACAGAUUUCCGAAGCAACCGAUUGUAGUUGACCUGGCGGACAUCGAUGCGAGAACGCGGAAGUUCCCUGGCGCUGAGUGGCUGGAGGAGAAACUCCGAACUAAACAAGCAAUUGGCUGGGACUUGGAGUGGCCACCUGACCGAAAAGAAAUCGAUAACCCAAUUGCUCUCAUGCAAUUCGCUGAUGCAGACACGGCGCUGCUUAUUCGAACUCACAGAACAGGACACUGGCUUCCGGAUGUCAUCCAAGAAGUCCUAACGUCGGAAGCAUGCAUCAAAAUCUGUGUCGGCUUCGACAGCUCAGACAAGCAUAAGAUGCGGACUUCCUUUGACAUGCAGCCGGCGGGCUUGUUGGAUCUGGCGACAUUGGCUGCGCAAAAGGGACUGAAGGAAAAUGGGUUAAAGUCACUGGCGGAGCGUUUCCAGUUCAAAGUUCGCAAGGAGCCACGAAUUGCCAGGUCUAACUGGGCACAGCCGGUGCUUACGCCGGAGCAGGUGACUUAUGCAGCCGAAGACGCAUACUUCACUUUUUUGCUGCGAGAGAAGCUUGAAGCACUUCCAGACAAGAAGGACGAGGUCGAAAGCCUGGCAGUGGAAGGGCAGCUUAGGCUCCAGGAAGGUUGGAGGGAGCAGGGCAUCGAGAAGCGUCACGAUGGUCUCUGGUGCCAGCUCUGCCAUCAAGGCCCCAUGAACACUCCAGAGAACGUCCGAUCUCAUGUGAUGGGCAACAACCACGCAAAGAAGAUCCGUCAGAGACUGGGCAUGGAUCAGGCUCUUCAAGAAAAUCUGACAGAUGAGCACGAGCACAACCACAUCUUCAUGGGAGAUGGAAGCAACGGGGCCGACAAGGGCAAGUUCGGAUGCAGCCUGUGUGGGAAGACUUUGCAGAACCUCAAAGCAGUGAAAGACCACAUAGAGUCCGCGGGACAUCAGAAGGCAAUGAACCCGGAGUUGGAGCCGGUAAUCAUUAAGGAGGACCCCUUCGAAAGGCUAUGGAAUCUGCCUGACUACGUCAUCUUGGAAAAGGGCCUGGAAAAGGAUGAGCUCAUCUGCGUUCUUUGCCAGUCCCGGGCGAGCAAGGUCAGUCAGAUGUACAUGCACCUUGAUGGCAACAGGCAUGUGAAGAAAGCGCGCGGUCUGUCUUAUGAAGACGUCAUCUUCAUAAAGGAGAAGAAUCAGUUGGUGUACACGCAGUCGGGUGAGGUUGUGAAACGCAAGAACUUUGACAUACCCCCUGAGCGGCCACCCCGUGCGCAAGCAGCGUUGCCGGAAGGCUGGGAGUCAAAUGUCGACCCUUCCACGGGCAAGACAUACUUUUGGCACGUGGACCAGCCGAGCCAAACCCAGUGGGACCAUCCUGGGGCACCCAGUCCGACAUCUUCGGCGAAAGCCAGCAAAAACAAGAAGCAAAGCUGCGACGCAGGACCUCUGCCCGAUGAUUGGGAAGAGCAUGAGACGGAGGAUGGCCGCAGGUUUUACUACUGUCUCAGAACAUUGAGGGUGCAGUGGCUGCGUCCGACAUUUCCCAGUCCUCUGGCCGAUGGUGCCCUAUGCCGAGAGAAUGCACAAAUCCACGAAGCGACCUCGCCGACGCACGGCGCAAGCCAUGCAUCAGGAACGGCAUCACCGCCAGUGGCGGCUUCCAGUCCAAGAAGCUCGGCGAAUGAUGACGUAUUGUUGUCCCCUGGCUGGGUUGCGUCUUUAGAUGACAAUGGCCGUCAAUUCUUCUGGGAUGCCGAGCACCAGGAGUCCAGAUGGACGCCGCCCGAACCGUACCCGUACCAAAACGAAGCCUGGCAUCGAAUGUUUGACGAUCAGGGUGCAUACUGGAAGUGCCCGUCAAGGGAGGACUGCCCAGCUCUCAGCUUUUACGAGUCGGAUACGAGCUGGCAUCGGAAGCAGGACAGGUCCGGCCGCAUCUACUGGAGCAAUCCUGUGCGGCGCAUCCGCUUCUUUGAGCCAGACCUUCGCUUCUGA